CUCUGAUUGGUCCAGAGACUGCCCUCCUCUCAUUCGUGGAGGUGAAUGUUCACAGACCAGCUCCUCCAGGUGAUCAGAUCCUCUGUGUACCUUCAGGAUGAACAUCUCCCAGCAGCAGCAGCAGAAGAAGAGGCCUCGCCGUUUCUGUGCACACUGUGACAAUGAGCUCUGCAAUAGUGCUUAUUUUGAGCACAAAAAACUCCAUUUCAUCAACGGAGUUUGGAAAAGAAAAUCCAAAAGGGCUCGGCUAGACCCUGUAAAGGACGAAGACAGCAGAAGAGCUGCAGAAAGAGCUCCAGUGAAGGUCCCUCCAUCAGACCACGAUGAAACCUCAGAUGACCAGAGCAUUGACACUGCUGGAGAGAGAGAAGCAAUGGAUGAAAUACCCUCACUAACUGCCCCUCCAUCAGGCAGCGGUGAAACUGCAGAUGGCCACAGCGUUCAUCUUUUCCUGGACUCCAUUAAAUCAGAUCCAGAGGAUGAAGAAGCAAACAUCUGUUCUGUGGAUGUAACUCUGACUGAUGAAGAAGGGGAAAGCCUUGCAGAUGAGCAGAGUGAUGUCCUUCCCAACAUGCCAGAGGGACAUGAAGGGGCUCAGCCUUCAGCUAAACCAGAAGACCUGGUGAUGAAAGCUUUUGCCGUGAUGCUUCCAGUCAGUCCCACCAGCGACACUCAGAGGAAGCUGCUGGAUGCUGUCAGUGGAUUGUCUCAGCAGAUGGCUCAGCUGGAGCAGAAGCUGGACCAGUAUCUGGCUGUGAUGGACCAGAAGUUAGAGGCGAGGAUGGACGCUCUGGAGGCCAAACUAAACAGCUUCUCCAGCGGGGAGGGAGUUAAACGGAAACGACGAGUGCACUGUCCCAGGAUAGCGGAAACGGUUCGUAGACUUCACAACUCUGAAGGAAACACCAUGCGUUAUGAACCGGAACAAGGACUGGGCUCGCCUCGCAACGAAGCAGUCACGACACAUUUAGUUAAUAGUCUGUCUGCAAGUCCAGAUCUGGAAGACGUGGAGACAGACGUCCUUCUGUCCGCCUGUAAAACACAUUUCGAAACACUCCGGAGGAACUACCGCUACAGCCAGCCCAGCAUGGUGGACCAGGCCGGAGCCAUAAAGUCUUCAGCCCGGAGCCGCCAGAGGAGGAAGAGGCUGCUGGAUGCCAGGAAGACGGUCCUUGCUCCAGAUGAAGUGGAGUUAUGGAGGGGCGUCACAGCUGACAUGAUGUCAGACGAGGAGGACGGCAGCGUUGACGGCGUGUCUGGAUGGAUAGUACGGCCUCCAUCCUUCCGUAGCCAGGAGCUUUCUGAGCUGUGUGCUGCCCUACAGGCCAGGCUGGAGGCUGAUCUGAAGUACACAGCUUUACAUCACAGACGUCUUCAGACAGGACAACCGUCUGACAGAAUGACGCCCAAUAAAUACGACCUGGCGGCAGCUAAGCGGCAUUUUAAACCAGAACUGAUGCCCAAACUACUGCCAGCAUCUCAGAGUGAUGCACCAGUCCAGUGAAACCAACCAACCUUACUUUUUAAAUUUGUUUUUGAUAUGUUUUAGCAUUUUCUAAAUAGACUGUAUAUUUAGUAGAACAUUCCUUUUAUUUCCAUUUUUAAAAGAACCGUUUGAUUAUCUUGUUUUAAUUGUAACUGCAGCUUGUGUUCAACAAAGUUCUUAUUUCCAACGCGUCUUUGCACAUAUUUUUCCCUCCCAAUAAAUGAAUGUUAUUGAUUGUAGGACAGCCCAUCGGUUACCAGGAACAACAAAGUAGGUUCACUAGUUAUACGCAAUAUACGCAUUUAUUAAAAUAUCAUUAUGACUAAAAACCAUGAUUAUGAUUGUGAGAGACUGGGGGGUAGUUUCAUGGCCCAGGGGCUGAUCAACAGCAGCAGAUCAACCAAUCAUGACAGUUUUCUGUUUCCAUAUUUAUACCUUUUAGGAUUCUUAUUUAUAUAAAGAGCCUUUUUCUGGAGUCACAAAUCAAACUUUGCUGUGUGGAAACACAAUGACAGUAAAGAUUCUUGAUUCUUUUGGUUUCCAUGUCUGCUUUCAUGCAGUGGGUGACAGACCAGAUGCUAAUUAGUGUUUCACACUUCUGCCCUGCCCUCUGGGUGUGAAGUCUCACACAUCCACCCCCUACCCCCAGACAGGGUUCACACACUGCCCCCCCCACCCCCAGACAGGGUUUCUGACAGUUUAAGGCAAACAUGGAUUCUCAGCCUGUGAGCUGCUGAUAACUGCCAGGACCUUGGUAGGUUUUUGGUCAUUCACAGGCCGAUAUUCUUUCUUUUCAUGCAGUGUUCCAGCAGACAGACACAUCCCAUAAACUCAAACGUCCAUAAACAAAGGAACUCUUCUCACC